CUGCCAUAACCAGCAGGCAGCAUCGGAGCGGGCAGUGGACUGAGUGGGAGCAGAGUGUUUUGGGCUUUGGCUCAAGGGGCUUAGGUGUAAAGGGGCGAGGCGGGAAAGUAGCUGGUAGGUAAAGGAAAUCCUUAAGAGGCCAGAGUCCCUGGAAGAAAAUGAGCAUUGCAGUCGUUGACUUUGGAUCAUUCGCCUUGGGUAAAGCUGAACCUUCAGCUAAUGAAAUGAAACGAUUAUCCACAGAGAUCACAAGGGCAUUAAAUGAAUAUGGAUUUGUGUAUCUCAGAAACACUGGGAUAAAUGAGGAGCAAGUGUUUGGAACAAUGGACAUCUGCAGAAAUUUCUUUCUCCUUCCUAAGGACAUUAAACAACAAUAUGUCCAUUUGAAGGACUCCGAGGUUCCAAACCAUGGGUGGUAUGAUUUUAAGACUGAGAGUUUAAAUCCAACACAACCCAAAGACCUGAAAGAAAGCUUUAACGUGACAACAUUUUCUGCAAGUGAUAAAUGGCCUGUCAAGGAUGUUCCCGAGUUCACAAAUUGUCUGGAAUCGCUCUUCAAGAUCUGUGCGGAGCUAUCUAUCCGAGUUUUGAAAGUAAUUGAACUGAGCCUGGGUGUUGAGAGUGGUUUCUUUGUCAGCAAGCACCAAAAGAUGGGCAGGAAUGAAAAUCUUUCAACUCUUAGAGCUGCAUACUACCCACCACUACAGAAAUCCUCUCUGAAAGAAAAUCAGACACGAUGUGGAGAACAUUCUGAUUAUGGAACAUUCACUUUACUAUUCCAAGAUAAAUAUGGAGGAUUGGAGGUAAUGUCCAGGUCUGGUCAGUAUAUCACUGCUCCCUACCUUCCAAACACAGUUCUUCUCAACAUAGCCAAUCUUCUGCAGAGGUGGACAUCUGACAGAUGGAUUUCCACAAAACAUCGAGUCCAAAUUCCACAGACCGAAGACGCGUUGAACAGAACCAGACAGUCACUGGCUUUCUUUGUUCAUCCAGAUCAUGAUGCAAUAAUCACAUGUUGUGAUGGACUGGACAAGUACCCACCCAUCACUUCGAUCCAGUACCUAAAGGAUAAACACCCAGAUUUAAUUAACUUGGAACUUUAUCCAUCCAGUGAUUGAACAUAAUGGUAGCAAGCAGAUGACCUGAGUCUUUAGAAAUUGCAGUAAAUUAAGUAAAAUAAUUUCUAAGCAAGCAUGAAUUAGCACUGGACAGUGGUUCAAAUUUGUUCACUGGGAUGUCUACAGUGGAAACAGGAAGAAAUCAUUGACUUUUAAUCAUUACAUUUAUCGUGUAUUUACAGGCAUUUGGGAGAAGGCUGCCAUGUUAGUUGCAGAAGAUGAAGGGCCAAAUUAUCUGAUCUGAUGUCAGUCCACCAUUUCCUGCCUCACUGUGGUCACAACACACCACUCAGAUUUUUUGAUGAAACUGCCAAAUUACUGACUGAGUUUAACUGAAGGUCCCUGCAGCGCAUUCCAAUGACUAAGCCCUCACAUGUACCAAUAUGGAAACCCUUGGUGACAUCUCUCAGCUGUGUACUUCGUUGAGAGUGACCUUGUAUCUGCCCAAACCCUAAAUAUCUUCAGAGUUGAGAAAUGUCACUGGGGUUUCCAGGUCAAUCAUCUGGGAAGAAGCAUCUGCUAGAAAUUUUUUUGUAAUGCUUUUUAAAAAUUUAUAUAUUUAGCAACUGUUUCUGCCUCCAUUUAAUUCCACAAAAUAUUUCUGCCUUGUUUGCUGGUAUUUUGCUGGGCAAUGUUCACUAAAUUUAUUCACUCCUGCUCACUCUCUGGACACCCAGACUGAACAAGUGACCCUAGGUAAAGCCUGAAUUUCACUGUGUUUAAGGCAUCUCACCUCUUCAUCAAGCAGUUGCACUGAAAAAUCCCAGCUGGGAGAUUUCACCUCCCAGAAAUACAGCAAGAGAGUUUGUUGGCGAGUGUGCAGUAGGAAAGUAGCUGACUCAACAAGUGGCAAGCAACUCCACCGAUCCAGUCAUGUUCUGACUGCUAGUCAAUAGAUUGAAUCAUCCAGCCCAAAAUAAUAGAAGCUAAAGACAGUAUAUCCUCAAAUGCCUCACUAAAUGUUGCCAGUUUUUGGAAAUUAAUUUCACUUUUUCUUAUAAAAUGACUUACCUGUGAAUAUUGUCCAUUAAAAGAAGUUUAGUUAAUAUUGUUGAAAUAGCUUGUGCAGAUUAGAACAAAUAACUUCAAAACAGCAGUAGUCUAUAAUGCCUUUCCCUGCAUGACAUUAAAAGUGGAACACCUUACAUUCACACUGCACCUCUACAUCCCCUAUGAAAACAUCCCAAGAGCCAAUGGCGUACUUUUGAGGGCAAGUCAUUUGGGAAACACAGGUGAUAAUUUUCAAACACAAAACCCCCACAAACCGUCUGUAUUAGUGGCAUUGAUUGAGGGAUAAAUAUUGGCCCAGACCCCAACUUUCCUAGCUCUUCUUUGAAAGAGAACCUUAUAUUUCUCAAGAGGGAAGAAAGGAGCUCAUGUUUCAUGUCUCAUCUGAAACAUCUCUGACAGUAUAGCAUUCCCUCAAUGCUACACUGAAUUGAUCAUUUGUGUCUUGUGUGAUGUGUCAUGAACACACAACUGCCCGAUUCAGAAGAGAGUGCUAUCAACCGAGCUACAGGAAACACUGGUUAAUGUAAUCUGAGGACAGUGAACACAGUGGGUAAAUCUCAGCUUUCAAGAUGCUAUGAGCUGGACAUUUUGGGAAAAUGUGUACAUCUCUAUCUAUGUAUAUACCAAUAUGUAUGUAUGAUGGUAUGGAAACUGAA